AUAUAUAAUAUUUAUUGGCGGUUGGCGCUUAAGAUCUGCGGAAAGCAAACCGCACUGAGAAACCAAACCAGCAAGCGAAGCCCAGCAAGAAAACCACAUGCCCCACCUCGCCGCCACUCCCCCCACUUCCUCCGCCGCCGCCGUCCCCGCCGCGGGCCGCAUCGCGUUCCGGCGCCCGUGGAACACGCCACAGCCGGAAGCGCUGCGCCUGCGCCUCCGCCUGCGCGCGCGGGGCGUCCGGCGUGAGGACGGCGGCGGCGUGCGCACGGAGGAGCAGGAGCAGACAGCACCGCGGACGUUCUACGACCUGCUCGGGAUCUCAGCGGAUGGGAGCCCCGAUGAUGUUCGGGCGUCCUACAGGCGGCUGGCGCUAAAGUACCACCCAGACGUGUCCCCUCCGGGCGCCGCGGCCGAGAACACGCGCCGCUUCAUCGAGGUGCAGGAGGCCUACGAGACGCUCUCCGACCCAAGCCGCCGCGCCAGCUACGACCGUGCACUCGCCCGCGGCGUCUGCCGCCUCGCCUUCUCCGGGCGCCGUUCCCAAUCCCACCACGCCUACUACCAUUACCAGGAACAGGAAGAGGGAUCUGGGUGGAGAAGGUCCUGGGAGGACCAGAUCGCCGAGCUGAAGAGGAGGAGCGUGGCGAAGGAUUCAGAAGAGAACCUGUCGUGGGGCGCUCGCAUGCGGAGAAGGGCCGAGGCGUCAGCAGCGGAGUAGCUGCGACAAGCGAGCCUUCCAAAUGCAGCUGUACUCGUACGUAGCAUGUGGAGCGAAGCGAAACGGAAUAUAUUUUUCUGGUGGGUACAAUUUGGUCUGCAAGGUUUUUAAGGCGUGGAUCUAAAGAUGUCCAGAUGGAAACCUUCAGAGACAGACCUGUUACGAGAAUUGGACGUGUAGCAGUAGUAGCUGUAGCGGUGGCAUCUGGCCAGGAUUGAGGAGGAACAGCAGCACCUGGAUGGAGUGUGGUGGCUGCUGGCUGCAGACCAACACCCUUGGCCCUGGCUACAUAAUAGUUGAGUUCCUGCCUGGCCACCUGGGCCUGGCUGGCUGUAUGUAAACGACUCAACUAUGUUACUCCUUGAGACUCCUGUUACAUCUGUGGCAGGUCCAGUGUAAAUGUAAAUACUACAAGCAUCAAUAACGAAGGAGCAAGCCAGUUGUUCUUCCAAUA